AUGUCGACUGGACUGAGACAGCGCGCGAAUUCAAAUUCCAUCAAGAGCAGCUCCGUGCGCUCAAACGAUGUGAAGCUCAAACCACCCACUCCCGGCCAAGAUGAGUUUGCAUUUGAGCCCUGUGCCGCGACCGGCUCAUACCUGCUCUACGCCCAGCGAAACGUGAUAUUGUGCCUUCACCACGACACAUUGGCCGUCGAGCGCCGCUUUGAUAGUCACCGGGAAGACGUUUCGUGGAUAUCUGUCGACACUUCCAGCGAACGAGGCGCUGGGCGGUUAGUAGUGUCGUACGAUGCCGGCUCAACCGCCAUAGUAUGGGACUUGUUUACCGGCGACGAGGUGGCCCGGUUUGCGUCGUACGAGCAGAUACGGGUAGCAACGUGGAUGAGGAACGGAAAUGUUGCUUUUGGAAAUGCCCAGGGCAACAUCAUCUUGUUCGAGCCUUCCACGUCUGAACACUUGUCAGCGAGAACAAUCUUCGACCCAAUAACCGCCUUGGCACCAGCUGCAGACUGCAGAACCUUUGCCAUUGGCUACCUCAAUGGUUCUAUCCUGAUUGCCACUCUACAGCCCUCAUUCACUAUCCUUCACACUCUGACCACGCCGAGAUCGCCUUCGCCCAUUGCGGGCCUGGCUUGGCAUGGCUCCUCAUCCAAGCAGAAAUCCGACAUGUUGGCCGCCCAGACAUCAGACGGCGACCUGCGAGUAUGGAGUGUCCCCAAGGUACCACACGGUAGCGACGCUCCCUGCGUGAUCCGAGUCCUCAACCAAAAGGAUCAGCGGGAGCCUGGUCCUUGUUGGUUUGCUUGGUCGAAAAACGGCCGAAUCGUACAGUACACUGAAGGCCAAACCUGUGCCUGGGAUGUACGCACCAAGAGAGUCAGCUAUGAGCCUGUGCCAACCACCGACGGCAUCGCGGCCAUCUGCAACUAUGGCCCUACUGCCACUCUGUUUACCAUCGGUCGCAACUCAAGUAUCCAACAGUAUGAUAUUAACCCUAGCAACGGGCCAGCCACCAUGGUUGCAAACGUCCAACAUGCACCUGCCAACACACCACCAUCACCACCCAUCUCUCUCGGCGAGCACAAGAAACAAAUGGAAACACCACUAACUGCACUCCCGUCCAAGUCAAUCCCGCUCAUUCUCGCCGAUUCCGAGAGUAGUGCUGAUGAGGGUGUCACCAUGUCGCCAUUACAGAAGAUUGCUCAGGAGAUGGACCAGCUGGAGGAGGAGCGCCGCGAUCGUGUCGGACCCCUCAGCCCCGUCUCAAGUCGAGGGUCCCAGAGCUCAAAAUCAUCUGGAAGCGGACGUGCACCACGUUACCGAUACGACAGGCCUUCGACUGCAUCGCAACGCUCCACCAUAUCCAAGAGCUCAGGAGGCUCCGGUACCAUCUUCUCGUCCGGCACCUCCUCGCUCGCAGGUACUUCAACCCGUGAGAGCAUUUCCAUCCGAUCAAUAUCGUCAGCUGCUUCUUCUCGAUAUACAUCCUCUGCUUUGCGCAAGGAGGUUCUUAGAAGCCCAGAUGAGUCCAAGAAGAAUCAACACAUGGAUCUGUUUCCAUUCACCAAAGCGAGGCUCAGCGAUGUGCCCUUCCGUUCUACAAACCUUGGGCCUGAACGUACGGCUGAUGAUCUUCGCCUCAACAUGCUCAAGGUCGUUUUUGGAUGGGAUCAUGACAUCGACGAAUUGGUGCAGGAUGAAUUGGCACGCCACCCCCCUGGUUCGGCCGCAGCUGUUCUUCUCUCCAAAUGGCUGGGUGACCUCAGCGCUGACGUUAUGGCUGACAUGGUCGGCUCUGAGUCUAUGACUUCCUCCGACUGGAUGCUGUUGGCUCUGAGCAACUUGGGCAAAGGCUCACAGAAAAAGGUUGGCGAAGCUUUCGUCCAGCGCCUUCUUGAGAAGGGCGACAUCCACCCCGCAGUCGCAAUCUUCCUUGGACUGGGUGAACACAACGACGCCAUCGAGGUCUACGUGUCUCGCAAAUACUACAUGGAGGCAAUUUUGCUUACAUGUUUAACAUUCCCAACUGACUGGCAGAGACAAUCAUUUCUCGUCCGCAAAUGGGGAGAGCAUGCUGUAGGACACGGAAAAGCAGAGCUGGCAGUCCGAUGUUUUUCAUGCAUGGGUCUCGAAACCACCGAGCCUUGGUUUUCUCCCCGCGCUCAGGAUGCCGUCUUUUCUGCACAGAAGCAAGCACUGCUUGGAUCACAAGUCAGCCCGCCUUUGUCACCUCCAAGUGUUGGUAGUAGCAGGGUGGCGGCUAGAAUGGCCUCGCUCAAGCUCGUCACUGACUUUAGCCGCGGCCCCCAGCCCAAACAAAUGGUCCGAGAAGAGGAUGGGAGAACACCCAUGAAUGCAGGUGUGACACCUAUCGCAGAGUCCGCUAUCAGUCCUGCUGUUGGAAACCACCACUGGCUUGGUCGUGCCCGCGAUCCUUCAAGGGAGCCAUCUUCAGCGAGAACCGCAACUCCGGGCUCCUAUGGAAGGAAACGCUUACCCUCGCGAUCGGACGCCGACCGCAACACGACCAAUAACCAAGUACUCGCCUCAUUGGCUAUCCCCGAUCGUGGCCAACGCGGUGAAUCCCACCCAAGGACUGCGAUUGACAAUGUCGGUCGCGAAGCCGAAACAUUGCCCUUCUCUACACGCCGAGCGACGAGCGGGUCCAAGGAUUUUGUCCUGUCUGCAACGACCUUUAACCCUGGGAAAUCCAGCGAUCAUUUACCUUCGCCAGCAGUAGGUGUGUUUGACGCACUGAAAGACAAGCGUAGCGAUUCCCGUGCCAGUUCUCGGAGCCGAAACAUCCAAGAUCUCCACUUGGAUAUGAAGGAAAAGGUUGUGGAGAGCGGCCCAGAAACUGGCUACACCAACAGGCUCAGCCCUCCUUUGACUGGCGCAAGCAUCAAGAGCGCAAAAGCACGAAGCAUCGACCAAUAUAUCAGCAGCCUGGAUGAAGCCAACCACUACGCUCAAAAUCGUGCAAACUCUAGGAACGAAGACAGGCCCCCUUCUCGUACUGCUCGCGCCCACAGUCGUAACCGCGACGACUCACAGAGCCGUGGACGAUCUGGUGUUCGCUAUAUCCGCCCCGCAAAGCGCUCCCCCUCCUCUCCCGUUCCCAUGUCUCCAGAAGACGCAGGCAUAUAUGCUUCCACCAAGAAAGAAGCUGGAACUAACACAGAGGACUUUGACGACGAAAGAUUCUACAAGAUGAGCAUUGCGUCUCCUGUUGUCACCGAGUCCGUCGCUAGCACUCGCACUGCCCGAAGCCGACCACGACACGGAGUGAGUAAGACCAGAUCCUCCUCUAAAACGGCUACACGCCGUGGCGAGUCUCCUGAAGGCGGCGUGCGCGCCAGGAGCAAAGGCGCAAGCCGAGCAUCAAGUCGUCGCCCAGCAGAGUAUCGCGGUCGAAGUGCCAGUCGUGGAGAACGCUCACCUGUAUCACCUCAGCCCAUGCAACACGAAGAAUCCGAGAUGAUUGUUGAGAUUGACGCUGUUCGUCCACGUCAACGAAGCAGUAGCCGCCGGCCUACAGAGAACAGUCGCCGUGAGGCUUCACCAGAGCGUCGCGCGCCACGAGACCGGUCCAUGAGUCGCAAACCGACGCCAGCUGCAAGGGAAUCUAGCCGUACACGAGGCUACGGACGAGAUGUAUCGCCAGACUCCCUGACAUCUGGGCGUUCAGGCGUGUCGCGCCUGCGCCCUUCUACAUUGUCAAGAAGAGCUUUGGCUGCUCGUGAACUUGAAGAACGCAGGUUGUCGCUAGCUCGACGCCCCUCUGCUCCAAUCAUUCCUCAUCCAGGAGAACUCGCCUUUCGACCAGUGUCCCAUGAGCGGUCGAACACCGACGAUAUGCUGAACUCCAUGUCCAUGUACCGGGAUCCCAUCCAGAGAAGCCAGACUGCAGACCCAGAGAUGACCAAGAGAUACUCACCUACGAACAGAGUCGGCGCCGGCCCAACUUCUAAUAGUUCUGCACCAAUUGGUCUUCCGGCAAACCCACGUGUGAGGCACCCCAGAUAUAUGACGGCUGAACCGAACGAGGACGACAUUCCUGCCGUGCCAAGCAUCCCGGACAACAUGCAACAACCUCAGGAACCGCACUCCACCGAGGAUGACAUUGGGCCUUUACUUCCCGCGACAACUUUCGGACAGCCCAUCUCACCUCCCCGAUCCAUGUCAGCUCCUCCACAAGACAUGCUACUGCCUUCUGGCUCUUACAACUCCCCUACCUAUCCCACAAUAGGCAGGCGUCCUUCCUUGGGUGGGUCGCGUGGCCACGCGCGCCAAAACACAAUGCCUGAGAUUCUACCUCAGACAAACUACAAGCGUCACAGCCCUCCUCCCAUCACGGCUAGCAUCGCUGAGACAAUUCAUGAAAGUCAAGUCGUCAUUCUUGACCAAGAAGAUAAGGGUUAUGCACCCCCUCUACUGUCUCAGCUUCAACACUUGGCCACCCCACCGCCCCCACCCCCACCACCGCUAAACAUUGGUGGAGGCAAUGGCGUGGGCAUGAUCAACAUUGCCAUCGAAGGCAACAGUCCGGGUGAGAAGCCUAUGGAAGUGUCACCGACCAAUGCUUCCGCCACUGGCUCUCCACAUACCCACCGUCGAGGUCGCGGCAGUGUGAGCGAAAAUCUUGGUAUGACUUUCAAGCGUGUCACUGAACGCAUGCGUAGCACCAGCCGUGGGCCUCAACGUGCGAAGUCCCCACCUUCUACUCGCGCUGAGGUUUCUCCAUAUGAGAGUGUACCGGAGAUGUCUUUCCCUCGUGGACAGAACACGCACUCUCCUCCGGCGAACCAUGUCAAACAUGAGUCGUACUUUGGCCAAAUCCCACCUCCGCCCCCUCCCCCGCCUCAGCCCAUGGAGCAGGUCAUCCCCCCAUCCGACAUGAACCAGUCCUUCUACAGGACUCCGAAGGAGCUUCGCGCCAACAUGCCCCCCAACACCCUUCAAGCCGGUGUAUACCAAGGUGGCGAAACUCCCAUGAUCUAA